GAAGCGUGUGGUCCUCUGGUUUGUUGGCAGAGCUGGUGGGUGAUCCUCCAGGGCGACCAUGGCAGAGCCACAGCCUGUGUCCAGCGGCCUCACGGAUGAGGUCGCCCUCGGCUGCUGCUCCAACCCGGACCCCAGCACCAAGGACUUCCUAAUGCAGCAAACCAUGCUAAGAAUUAAGGAUCCUAAGAAGUCCCUGGAUUUCUACACUAGGGUUCUUGGACUGACGCUACUCCAAAAGCUUGAUUUUCCUUCGAUGAAAUUUUCCCUCUAUUUCUUGGCUUACGAGGAUAAGAAUGACAUCCCUAAAGACAAGAGUGAGAGAACAGCUUGGACGUUUUCCAGAAAAGCCACACUUGAGUUGACACACAACUGGGGCACCGAAGACGAUGAGACCCAGAGUUACCACAAUGGCAACUCAGACCCUCGGGGAUUUGGUCACAUUGGGAUUGCCGUUCCUGAUGUCUACAGUGCCUGUAAAAGGUUUGAAGAGCUGGGGGUCAAGUUUGUGAAGAAACCUGAUGAUGGUAAAAUGAAAGGUCUGGCGUUCAUUCAAGAUCCUGACGGCUACUGGAUUGAAAUUCUGAAUCCUAACAAAAUAGCAGAGAUUAUUUAGUUCUUUCUUGGAGUUGGUGGGGACAAGCAGCAGCGCGAGAGAAGCAGCUGAGGCCCCAGAAGCAUCGAGAACUGACGGAUCUGUGCCCCAGCUCCAGCCGCUCUAAAAUCCCUCUCAUUCUCCUGUUUCAGUGGCUUUUUCUUUUUAAAUCUCCCCUCCUCUAUUUAGUCAACCUAAUUGUCAAGUACCAGUUUAUCUUAUGACUUUGACAAAGUUAUGUGACUUUACUUUUUAGAUAAUAAUUAGAACGAUUCCCUCCAGAGACCACGUCUGCUCCCGCCUGUCUCUUCAAUACUACUCAAGUCUGGUUUUGAUCUAUCAUUUAAAAUUUUGUUUUAAAUGUUUCUUUUUCUGUUGGGGGGCUGUUACCUUCUGGGGUUUCAAUUCCUCAGAAAUGACUCUUCAUAAUGGAAAGUAAAGAGCUCUGAA